AUGUUGACAUUCUCCUUGCUCUUCACUGGGUACAUGUUAGACACUCUUGGUCCCUUCCUGUCUGGGGACACCCUCAAAUCAGAAUGUGCAGUAGCCUGUGUGAACAACGCAAACUGUUCCUCAUUCUUCUAUGACGUCAACACUCAGGAGUGUUACCUGGAGAAAUAUGUGUACGUUGCCAGUCACCAGCUGCAGAACCGGAGUGGCGUUCAAUACUAUUCUCUGCUGAACAGGGCUUGUCCUGCCAGCAAUAUCUACUGUCGAUUCACAAACCAGUGUCUCAGGCUGCAUUCAUCUGCGAAGAUGAAAUUUACAGCCGCCAGGACUCUGUGUAUGGAGAACUCGGGACAUCUCGCCUUCAUUAGAUCUGAGGAGGAGAACAGACAAGCUGUCAUUGUUGCGAAGGACGAAGCUGUAUGGAUCGGCUUGGAGCGUAAUGACACCGAUAGUGAAUGGCGCUGGACAAAUGGACAGUUUCCGGGACCCUACGUCAACUGGAAUCAGGCAAACCUUGGAGGUGCACUGCUCUAUGGCAGGAUGUUUCGCACUGGCAAAUGGGGUACCUUUGGCCUGAAUGGCAAAGUACUAGCGCUCUGUGAAAUUGAUCUUGAGGAGAAUGACGAUGCUCUAAGGAGUUAG